GAUCCUCAUGAAGGUUGGAUUUAUUGCAUGUUUUUUGUAUACGUUUGUGUAGUUUUUUUUCUCAGUGAAAUUAAUAAACUGGUGUAUGUAUAACAGUAUUUGCACAGCUGGUUCAUAUAAUGCAAGUUUCCCUAUGAGAAGCUCAACCCUGGGCAGUUGUUUCCCGCCCAUUGCCUAAAACUCAGCCCCACCCCUUGCUGUUUUACUCGGUUUCAUAAUACUGCUCAGUCUGUGUGUGGAGCGGACCCAAGCAGUCACUGUAGGAGUAGCUGUCCUGCUGAGGAAUCUACACUAAUACAACGGGAGUGAGGAUCGUCAUUCUCUUUGCCCUGUCACUACCAGCCAUUCCCGUCAGUUACCAGCCGGAUGAGAAGAGACAAGUCAUUCACUACAGCUUCACUGGUGUCUGUCUGUAGCCUCUGUCAACAACCAGCCGGAGCCAACAUGCAGGAAGAGUCUAAACAAAGAAGAAUGACCAUGGAUUUUUCCCAGCUGCACACAUAUACGCCGCCACAGUGUGCUCCAGAGAACACCGGCUAUACCUACUCUCUCAGCUCCAGCUACUCCACAGCAGCGUUGGAUUUUGAAAAGGAGCACCAGAUUGCCGCUGUGUACGAGUCGCCCAGGAUGUCACGGCGGAGCCUGCGUCUGCAGACCAGUGCCGGUCACUAUGGCAACGAGAGCCUGGCUGAUUACUCCCAGAACUACAACAACAGCAGCAGCUACACCAGCAGCACCAGGAGAGAGACACGGACACUGCGCAGCAAAAAGCAGCAGUCCAGUUCCACCCCCUUGUCUUUAUCCUUGGGCCAAGCUGGCACACCGAGGAAAACCCUCUCCUUCUCAGCUGCCAAUACCCCACUUCACAGCAGCGUCAUUCAGGAAAGCAACACAGCGUCUGAUGCUUCUCAGCUCACCUCCAUCCUGGACCAGCCCUACCUGAGACAACGCACCAUCACCACAACCACAACCACCACGUCGACUUCUGGGGACGGACACUGGGAGAGGAGCGCCAGCAAAGACCACAGUUCAUCAAGUGUCAACGGUGACGCCAGUGCGUCAAAGUCCCACACCUCGCUCGCCAACGGUUACAUCUGCAAAGACUGCUCUUUUCACUCUCAAAAGAUGGACUCCUCUAUCACACGUUCGUCAACAUCAUUAUCUUCGUCAUCAUCAUCAUCUCAGGCAGCAGAAGCUUCCUUGGACGCCCUCUCUUCCUCCUCCUCGUCACCUUUCACAAGCAUAUACUCUAGAGAUAGGAGUCGAAGGAACAAAACAGGUGUCCUGGCGUCUAUGUCUAACACAUGUAUGCGCUACAGCAAACGAGCCCUGGCCCCCAUAGUGUCCUUAGUCACCGUGCUCUUCAACAAUGUGCUCUGGCUGGGUUCAAGGGCCAAGAGCCCUCAAGAAAAAGGUGUCCUUGCGUCAUUUUCGGACUCGAUGAGACAAGCAGUGUCCUCCAGUUUGUCCCAACUGUGGCUGUUUAAGCAGAGCACUCUCCACAGGAUGAUGGGCAACAGGGCUAAUGGCUAUGAAGGACAAGCUCACUCAAGUUUCUGUGGAAGCAUGAAUGUGAAGGAUCUGGUGACUGAAGAUGCCUCACAUCUUAAUCUCAAUGGUUCCCUGUGUGAUGACUGUAAAGGGAAGCAGCAUUCAGAGACACACACCGUCCUCCUCACACAGUCCUCCAGGCCCCGACGCCUGGUGGGGGCACUGUGGAGCGUCCUAGCUUACACAGGUCACUGCCUCCUUCAGCCAGGUUACUGCGUGGUGAGAGUGGGCAAAGCGUUGGGAUCAGGGGUUGGGACGGUGGUGCAGAGGCUGCUCUCACUGCUCUGGAUGCUUCUGGCAGCUCCAGUGAAGGCAGGCAGGGGACUUCUGUGGUUUCUUGCAACAGGAUGGUACCAGCUGGUGUCUCUCAUGUCUCUCCUCAAUGUCUUCUUUCUGACACGAUGCCUUCCCAAACUCUGGAGGCUGCUCCUGCUCCUUUUGCCCCUUUUGCUCCUCCUUGCUUUAUGGUUGUGGGGUCCGUCCACUGCUGCCCUGCUCGCCUACCUCCCAGCCAUAAACCUAACGGAGUGGCGUCCUGCAUCUCCCUUCACCCUCCUGUCGAAAUUGGUGCCAGCUUCUGCUCCAGUUCCUGCCUCAGUCCCAGUCCCCGCACCAGAGACUCCAGUGGAAGUGACCCCGGCAACCCCAGUCUCACAGGCACCAUCGUUCCUUCCCCCUGUGGCGCUCUCUGCUGUGGAUUUGGAGCGACUGGAGCGCGUGGAGCGCCAGUUAAACCUGCUGUGGGAACGAGUCCAGCAGGGUGACCAGAAACAUGAGAAACAUCACGGGGAAGUUUUGGGUCUCUACAGCGCCCUGAAGGAGCAGCUCCACACUCAGACCGACAGGGAGAGCCUGGGACUGUGGGUGUCCUCCCUGCUGGAGCCGAAACUCGGUGUGUUACGGGGAGAACUGGAGCAGGAGAACGCACACAGAACACAGAGUGAAGAGCAGCAGAAACAGCAUCAGGAGGGUCAUGCAGCACGGCUGGCUCAUAUAGAAUUGCUGCUCAACGCUCUGAAUGCCAAGACUGAGGAGGUGCAACAGAGGCAGCAGCAGUAUGAGCACGAGAAGAAGGAGAGAGAGAAGGAGGUUGUUGCUCCAGCAGCAGACACAGUUCCUGUCAGUGUGGGUGUGAAGCAGGAGGAACAUGAUGCUCUGCUGGUGGAGGUGCAGAGGCUCGAGGUGGAGCUGGACAAAAUCAGACAAGACCUGCAGGGUGUUUUAGGGUGCAAGGGCAAGUGUGAGCAGCUGGACACACUGCAGGAGAGCAUAUCAGCCCAAGUGUCCUCCCAGGUUCGUAAGGAGUUGCGGGCCCUGUUCUUUGGCAGUGGUGGGCCAGGAGAGGAGCAGGGCGAGGUGCCCGAGUCUCUGAUCCUCUGGCUUUCCCAGCGCUACGUGAGCACACCCGACCUGCAGGCCUCCCUGUCCUCAAUGGAGCUGAGCAUCCUGAAGAACGUGUCCCAGCAGCUGGAGCUGAACCGGGCACAAGCUGUCACUGAGGCCCAGUCACAAGCAAAGACCAUCGUUCAGACCAUAACCGGGACUGUCCAGCACACUGCUGCCGCUGAGGGACUGACAGAAGAGCAAGUGAAGGUGAUUGUCCAGAAUGCUUUGAGACUCUACUCCCAGGAUCGAACAGGCCUGGUGGACUACGCCCUGGAGUCCGGAGGUGGCAGCAUCCUCAGCACUCGCUGCUCUGAGACAUAUGAGACCAAGACGGCCCUCAUGAGUCUGUUUGGCCUGCCACUCUGGUACUUCUCCCAGUCUCCACGUGUCGUCAUCCAGCCCGACGUAUACCCGGGUAACUGCUGGGCGUUCAAAGGCUCUCAGGGUUAUCUGGUGAUCCGGUUGUCCCUGAGGAUCCUGCCCACAUCCUUCUGUGUGGAGCACAUACCCAAGGCCCUGUCGCCGACCGGAAACAUCACCAGCGCCCCACGCAACUUCACUGUUUUUGGUCUCGAUGAUGAGUACCAGGAAGAAGGGAAGCUGCUGGGGCACUACGUAUACGAGGAAGAUGGAGAGUCACUGCAAACCUUUCCUGUCAUGGAGCAGAAUGACAGGGCCUUCCAGAUCAUCGAGGUGCGGGUGCUGUCUAACUGGGGUCAUCCAGAGUACACCUGCAUGUACCGCUUUAGAGUCCACGGAGAACCUAGACCUCAGUGAACCAACCGUUACCGUACACGCUCAUAUAUGACAUAUCACCCUAUCUGUACAUAGCUCUCGCCAACUUCUUUGAAACGGAGGGGACUUGGCAGUUUUCUGUGGACAUUUUUGUACGAAAGAAGACAUUUAAAUUGUGGAUUGCUAAAGGAAUAUGGCCGGACUGAAUCGUGAACAUGUGUUUUGUAAUAUUGAAAGGAUCACAGAAAAAGUCUGAAUGGGGACUGUUGAUGAUCGCAGAAGAAGAGAACCACGGAAGAAGCUAAAACUCCCAGUCCCCUUUUCGUAAGAAGGCCUCUUGCACUGAAUCAGCCUGUGAGGGGCGGCAGGCUCCACUGAGCGGACAAAUCCAUCCCACUCUUGGCACCUUCCACUCCUACAGGGAGGUGGAUGCUUGAAAUGGGGGAUUGCAGACUCAUCUCCACCAUUUCCUCACACACUGCAUCUCAGUCUGAUUUUGGUUUGUGUUCUUAAUUCACGUGUAUGUAACUUUGAUUUCCUGCUAGUUUAAUAUUUUCAGGAUCAAAGCCACAGUACCUUUCUCCCAUGACGCUGUCCAGGUGUGUCACUGACUUUAACUGAGCCGUUUGGGCAGCCUGCAGGACUGGACCACGGUCACAGCGGGCGUAUACUGGACAUGUAAGAUUCACUACAUUCAAGACUCGGCAUCAUGCAUCCACAUAGCCAUAUUUCUUUCUUUUGGAACUAAACAUGCUGCCUGCGGACAGGCUCUGAAUGUUUCCUCAACUGGAGGCUUGAUGCAAAUUAUCCUUUAACUUAACUGCAACACUAUAUAACCACUGACCUGAGCUCUGUGUGUUUACACCAUUAGAAGGCAAGUGUACAUUAGACAAAAUAUGUGUAUGGUUAUGGAUGGAUUAAUCUAGCAUGUAACUCCUCCCAAACCAUACUCCUUAACUUUUACAUGCAUCAUGGAUUUACAUCUCUCUAAAGGUUUGACUCCUUCACCAAGAUUCACUCAAAUUACUAAUGACCGAUGUCGAAAGCUAAAUAAUAAUCACUAUUAUUUAGCUUUCUUCAUCUUACUGUUGAACGCUAAAUAAUAUAACUUUCCUGUAGACAAGAGUGUGAUUUUACGUUUCUGUUUUACAAAGAGGAGACUGUCCGUCUCCUAGCUCAGUUCUAAACGUCCUCCUCACGUGGGCUCCCUCUACUCUGAAACCCUGAAGGAAUGUAAUCUGUAUAUUUCAUUGUUGAUAGCUGGUCCUUUAUGAUAUCUGCUUUUAUCAGUGUUGCUUUAUAUAAAUCAUCCUGUCAUUAUCAUAAUUAUUAUUGUAUUACUACCAUUAUUUCUACUGUUACUCAUUGUGUUGUUUUGGUUUUUGUUUUGUUUUCGGGGGCGGGGGCGGGGGCGGGGGUUUGUUGAUGAUGUCAGAGGAUGCACUGCAGAGAAAUGUUAGAGAAAUGUUUUCGGCACGGGUCUUCACGAUUUGUUUUAAAAAGCGGCAGGUGUGUGUAGUCAUUAAUUUAGUUUGCAAAUAUGGGGAAGCCUAAAAUGUUAUGUAUAAAAAAUGUUUUGUUCACAAUCUUAUUUAUUAACAAGUCAAUUAGUGACUGCAAGAUAUGAGUUACUGCAAUGUAUAUUUUGUCAAAAAGCUCUUCAGUGCAUUUUGGAACCAUCUUGGGACUUUUUUUUUAAAGAUAAAUGGCUAUUUUCGUUCAGUCAUGAGAUGACUUAACUGCUUUGGAAUAUAUUCCAAUAAAGACUUUAAUUUUGAAAAA